AUGGUUCAAUUACUCGGCAAAGACAUUGGUACCAUUGGAUAUGGCAUGAUGGGUCUCUCUUGGCGCCCAGAGCCUCAACCCCUCGAAGAAUCCCUUAAAACCCUGAAAGCUGCACUUGACAAAGGAUGCAACUUCUGGAAUGGGGGCCAAUUCUACGGAACUCCUGAAUACAAUUCCCUCACCAUCUGCGCCGCCUACUUUGAGAAGUAUCCAGAAGAUGCAGACAAAGUUGUUUUGAGUAUCAAAGGUGGUAUCAAUCUAGAGAAAUUUGUUCCCGAUGGAAGUCCAGAAGGCGUUAGGAAGAGUGUGGAUACGUGUUUAGCACUUUUGAAGGGCAAGAAAAAGAUUGAUAUUUUUGAAUGUGCAAGAGUGGAUAAGAACACCCCAAUUGAGGUUACGAUGAAGGUUUUGGAGGAGGAAUAUGUGAAGACGGGGAAGAUUGGAGGCAUUUCUCUAAGUGAAUGUUCGGCAGAGCCGGUCAGGAGGGCCGCGAAGGUUACAAAGAUUGUGGCCUGUGAGGUUGAGGUUGCUUUGAACACGUUGGAUAUUUUCCAAAUGGGUUGCCAAAGCUUGCAGAGAACUGAUAUUUUGGUUGUUGCAUACUCACCGUUAGGCCGAAGUUUGUUGACCGGUGCAAUUCAAAAGCCAGAAGACAUUCCCGAGGGCGACAUACGCCGAACGUUUCCACGAUUCCAGAAAGAACACUUUGAAAAUAACAAGAAGCUUCUUGAUGCUGUGACAAAGAUUGCGGGGCAAAAGAAUUGUACACCGGCCCAAAUCGCUAUCAAUUGGCUCACAGCUAUUUCCAAGGAAGACGGCAAUCCAGAAAUCAUCCCAAUUCCUGGUGCCACAACAGUCGAUCGUAUCGCAGAGAAUUCAAAGGCGGUUUCUUUGAAUGCAGACGAUUUGGCGGAGCUUGAUUUGAUAACAAAACAGUUCCCAGUUUCAGGUGGUCGUUAUCCGGAACAUUCAUCAGCACAUCUAGAAGGUUAA